AUAUCGCUUAUAUUAGCUUAGACUAAGCUAUCAGUUCACUCUAGUUCACUCUAGCGCGCGUUCACUGUACCUAUGGAUACAAGAAAUAAUUGUUGCGCCAGAGCUCUCGUAUGGCACAAGCCCAGUCCAAAAUGUUGCUUAGACAUAUCAUCGUAUUGCAACGAGCCCAUGGCAAGCACACAUAUGAGGAUGGAGCGGCAGCAGCUGGGCCUGACAGAUGCGAGGGGGUAGCAACCGUGGCGUUCUCUCAAGCGUUACAGUUUUGGCUUGUCGUAACGGCAAGUAGUCUUCAGUUGUGCAUAGACCUGGAUCCGGUGUAGAUUGUUGUGCCACAAGCAGCAGCGCCCAGACCAAGAUAGCCAAGUUAACAGCUGAAUAUAGCAGUGGGUCCAAAGUCUAUUGCUAAAUUCAGAAUCCCGUUCUGGAGCAAUUAGUUUCCAAUUAUUUCAUGGUGAUAUUUUGGAAUAUUUGCGGCGUUAGUCAGAUUCGUAUUUGGGGCCGCUUCGACUGGGCUUUUUGGUGUUUGCUCAUGCAUGCAGUGUGGUAAGUUGUUGCCAUUCGGACCUCAACUCCGCCCACGUCGUCGAGACUAAGCGGAAAAACUAAAGGAAAACUCAAAACCGAAAGCCUAAAACGAAACUGAAAACAAUGCUUAAGGCCGUAAAGAAAACGACUGAGGUAAACAAAUCGAAAUUAAAAGUUACGGCUAGCAAUGACUGCGAGAACAACAACAACAACAACAACAACAAGAACAACAAGAGCACCAACAACGACAACAACAACGCCUCUGAACUGGCCAUAAAACACGGCUCCGUCACUGGCCAGAAGCCGGAGCCCGUUCCAAAUGAGAGUCCCCCACUGAAGAAGCUGAGUCUGAAGGGCAACCAGCUGUGCGGCAGCAUUUUAAUAGGCAAUUACAAUUACCUGACCCAAUUGGAGGUGUGCGAAAACGAAAUGGAAGUCUUGGAUCUGAGCACCUUGGCACAGUUGGAGACACUGAAGUGCAGUCGCAACAAGCUGAUUGAGCUCAUCAUCAAUGGCACCAAUCUGCAGACGCUUAUAGCGGAUCAUAACUGUCUGCAGAGCAUCUCCAUAGCGAAGUCGGUGCCACAGAAGCUGCUGCAGCUGGACGUCUCGCACAACUACCUGAGCACGCUGCCCCCAUGGAUUGGCGGCUGUGUGGCCUUGGACACGCUCAGUGCAACGCACAAUCAUCUGAGCCACAUCAAGGAGCUGCUCAGGAACUAUCGCAUCAGCUGCCUGCGCUCGCUGAAUCUCGCCUACAAUGGCUUGCAGCAGCUGGACUAUUUGCCCGAGGCCUUCUGCAGCGUGCGGCAGUUGCAGCUGCAAAGCAACGAGCUGCAGCGGCUGCCCGACAACUUCUUUGCCGUAACCCACGCGCAGCUGAGCUCGCUGAACGUCUCUUGCAACCGCUUGGCCCAGCUGCCGCGCUACGAGCAGAACAACAACGCGGCACUGGAGCAGCUCUGUCUGACGGGCAACCAGCUGAACGAUAGCAUUUUCGAGCCGCUGUUGCACGCGGGCCGGCUGAAGGUGCUGCGGCUGGCACACAACCGGCUUGGCGUGCUGCCGGCAGAGUGCGUGCGCAACUGGCCGGAGCUGGAGGUAUUGGUGCUCUCGGGCAACAUGCUGCAACAGCUGCCGGAUCAGGUGUCCAGCCUGAGUCAGCUCAAGGUGCUGCGCUGCUGCAACAACCUGCUGCUCAGCACGCCGCAGCUGUCGAAGCUGAGCAAGCUGAAGAUACUGGACCUGGCGCACAAUCACUUGGAUCGCAUCAAUCUGCUGUCCCUGGUGCCGUCGCGCAAUCUCAAGUACUUGGAUUUGUCGGGCAACCUGCAGCUGCAGGUGGAUGAGCAGCAGCUGAAGGUCUGCCAGACGCAGAGUCAACGGGUCUGGAGCUUAGUCGACGUCUCGGGCAACAAUCGCGCCGCUUUGCCCACCAGCACACGACGCCUGCCCAUGGAGUAUAACAAGGGGCCUGUGCACAAAGCCAAGUCGCUGCCCUGGUCCUUGGGCUUUGCCGAAACGCCUGGCGACUUGCGCAAGCUCCUCGUCACGCAGCUGCGCGCGAGCCAGUUCAACGGCAGCGAAGAGGCGCUCUUUGGCAUGUUCGAAUCUCAGACCGAUGCCCGCCAGGCACAGCAGAUGGCUCAGCUGGUGCCUGGACUGCUAAAGCAGGAGCAAUCACUGAAGGAGUCGCCGCUCAACGACUACAUGAAGUACACGCUGCUGACGGCGCAACGGCAAUGCGGCGGCUGUCUGCGCAGCGCCACGCUCCUGCACCUGCUGCGCCAGCCCUCGAAGGUGCGCGCACUCAAGUCCAAGCGUUACGUCUUGCGCCUGGCCCACCUGGGACACUUUGAUGCGUACCUAGUGAGGCGCACAACCCACCUGCGGCUCACAGAGUCGCAAGCUGACUGCGAUGGCCAUAAACGCAGCCAGACUCUAAACACGCUGCCCGAUCCAGACCUGCUCGAGAUAACGCUGAGCAACGAUGAUGAGUACUUGGUGCUGGGCAAUGAUCAGUUGUGGACCGUCAUGGAUAUUGGGCGUGCAGCCCGGGAGAUACGGAAGGAGGAGAAUGCCUUGUUGGCCGCCAAGCGACUGCUGGAAAUAGCUCAGAGCUUUGGUGCGACUGCAAAUCUUAGCGUGAUUGUAGUGCGCUUCAGUCAUCUGAGCACCGAUGUGGAUCAUCUGAUACGUGAGCUGAAGCAGAGCGUGCGUAAGAAACCAGCGCUGGUGUCGCCGCAGCCGUCGGCCAACUUGGCCGUGAGCAAGCGCACCUGUUGUGAUCGGAGCAAUGCCUGUCGGCAUCGCACCUUGGAGCAGGAGCUGCUGGCUGGACGUUCCUCGCCCAGCGGCCAAAGCAAUCCGGACUUGUUGAGCAAGGAUGCACCUGUGGCCAAGGAUGAGUUUAUAUUGGCGCAUGCGCGCGUGCUGCAGGAGGAACAGCAGCUGGAGAUGCUAGACGAAACGGAGUCAGUUCUAUCCGAAGAGCAGUUCAAGUGCUGGGAAUACAUGCUGGAGCAAAACACACAGCUGCUGUUCGACAAGGAACUGAACACCAUCUCGAAGUCGUUCUCCAAGCAGCGGCUGCCCACAGCUAAGCUGACAGCGGGCGAUAGCAACGAUCUGAAGUCGAAUCUCAUCCGCAACGUGACCAACAAAUUUAUCUCGAGUAGCACGCCCCAGUUGACACAACCGCAUGCCCCUUUGAGCGCCUAUCAGCACAUGAAGCAGCUACCCACCGAAUACUUUGGCAGCAUGCGCUCCUUCCAGCAGUCGCCCAACUAUGGCUACAAUCUCUUCGAUGGCAAGUCACGGGAUGCCUAUGCCAAGCUGGGCGGCGGACCACAUGCCGCCUACUUUGGUUCGCUGCAGCGACGUAUGCCUUGCAAUUUGGAAUAUGAUUUCCCAGUUACGCAGGAGAGAGAUCACAAUAUUUUAGAUGAGGAGGAGCUGGACGAGGAUGGCUAUACGGAGCAUGAGAGUCGCAUGCGCAAGUACUGGGGUGUGGCAACGACAGAGCUAUAGGAGCAGGACGACCAAAUAAAUCUCCAUACCUAUACUACA